GAGAAGAGAAGAGAAGAGAAGAGAAGAGAAGAGAAGAGAAGAGAAGAGAAGAGAAGAGAAGAGAAGAGAAGAGAAGAGAAGAGCAUCUGACUGGACAUGGACCCCAGACUGAUGAUCAUCUCUAUGUCCUUAUGGAUCCCAGGGCUCCUGUCUGAAAACAACACCGCUUCAACAGAGUCUGUCCACUUCAGGUUGGUGGGAGGAGCCAGUCGUUGUCAUGGUCACCUGGAGAUUAAACAACAGGAUGGAUACUGGAAACCAGUAGAAGGGUUAUACUGGUACAGGAAGUUAGGAAACAGAGUGUGUGCAGAACUGGACUGUGGAUCUGCUGUUUCUCUGAGACGCAGAUACCCUUAUUCAGUUACAGAUUGUUGGUGGAUCAGAUCAGACUGUGAUGAACCUGCACUGAGGGACUGUUUUACAUCUGAAACAUUCUCUAUUCAUUCCUGGAGCUGA